AUGCACUCGUUUCAUGAAGAGCCGGCCAGCUCCCGUCUCAUGAAGAGUCGGCUCCCAUCUCAUGAAGAGCUGGGCUCUUGCGUCAUGAACAUAUCAGCCAGCAUGGCGUGUCCAGCGAGCAGUGAUCGCUGCAUAUAUGAAGGUUCUGCCGAGUGUUCUCCGUGCCUGCAGUGCCACUACUGCAGCAACGAAACCACCAGUGAGGAGGCCAUGCUGAGCAUCAUGGUGUGCCCCACAGGCUUUCUGUGCUCUCAGGGCUUAGCCAGAGACCCUCAGCGCUCAGCCACCCUCUGCCCUCAAGGCUUCUACUGCCCCGGAGGAGGCAUAGGCUUCUACUGCGCAGAGGGCAGCUCCUCCCCUGAACCGUGUCCCGAGGGCACCUACGGUUCUCGCCCAGCUCUUGGUGAUGCGUCUGAAUGCUCCCCUUGUGGUGGAGGCCAGUAUUGCGCUGGUGUGGGUCUGACAGCAGCCUCCGGAACCUGCAAAGAACGCUUUUACUGUCGAGAGGGGGCCAAGUCUGCAACUCCAUCUGAUGGGCUUACAGGAGGAUUAUGUCCACCUGGAAGUUACUGCCCACACGCAUCAUCUUCCCCCCUCCCCUGUCCCGCCGGAACCUUCAGCAGCAGUACUGGCCUCCGCAGCCUUCAGGAGUGCAUCACCUGUCCACCAGGUUUCUAUUGCUUAGGUUCCAACAACACAUCACCCUCUGGGCCCUGUUUCCCUGGUUACUAUUGUACUGGAGGCUCACCUUCACCUGUUCAGAAUGAGGCAGAGGAGGGUUAUUAUACCUUGAAAGGAGCAGUCAAGGAAGAACCGUGUCCUCUCGGCACUUUCCAACCGCGUCGACGAUCGCAGUCCUGCAUCGAGUGUCAGAAUGGCAGACUUUGUAACCAGACAGGCUUGUCCCACCCACCACUGUGUCCCACGGGACACUACUGUUCUCCCGGCUCCUCUGUCCCCCACCCAUGUCCUCCUGGCUCCUACUCCGAUCAGCCGGGUGGAGACACCAUGGCUCACUGUCGGCCCUGUGAGGCAGGGUGGUUCUGCAAGAGGCCCGGCCUGUCUGACCCAGAAGGUCUCUGUGACCCUGGACAUUACUGCACCUCCGGAGCCUCCACUGCCUCUCCAGUGGGCGUGGCCUCUGGCAGCGUGUGUCCUGCAGGCUUCAUUUGUCCACGUGGGACCCGAUACCCCGAACAGUACCCAUGCCCUCUUGGAACCUGGAGUAACUCCGUGGGAGCCAAAAACUUCUCCUCCUGCUGGCUGUGUCCUUCUGGACUCUACUGCAACAGAACCGGUCUCAGCCAACCAUCUGGAUCAUGUGACGCAGGAUACUACUGUUCUGGAGGAGCCGUGACCGCCACGCCAUCAGGUGGUCUAACAGGGGACGUUUGUCCAGUCGGACAUUUCUGUCCCAUCGGCUCAUCUUCUCCUAUCGUUUGCCCUGACGGGACUCACUCAAACUUUACUGGUGCAGCAGAGUGUGAUGACUGUCCUCCAGGGACAUACUGUCUGUCUGGAGAAAGUGUCCAGCUCUGCCCGGCGGGACACUACUGUCUUGGGGGUGGGGUCGCUGGCAUCCUGCCCUGCCCUCCCGGAACUUACAGCCCUCACGUUGGCCUCAGCCAGGUGGAGCAGUGCCUCAUAUGUCCAGCAGGGUUUUACUGUGAAGACUGGGGUCUGUUUGAACCCAGUGGACGCUGCCAAGCUGGGUUCUACUGUCGAGCAGGUGUAAACUUUCCGAACCCUGACGGCAACUUCAGCACAGGUGUGGGUGGAGUUUGUCCAAAGGGAAAAUUCUGUCCUGAGGGCACGAGUGUCCCAUCACCAUGUCCACUCGGAACUUACUCCAGCAGUCUUUAUUUGCCAGACAGCUCAGGCUGUAGUCCAUGUCCUGCAGGUCAGUUCUGCAGCUCUGCAGGUCUGACUCAACCAUCUGGACCUUGCCAGGCGGGUUUUUACUGCCCUGGAGGAGAUGCGACACCCACAGCCAAGUGA